CCGAUCUGCGCUCCAAGUUAAGCUGUAGUUUCCAUGGCUGACCAUGGUUUGGUGCUGUUGGCUCUCUCUGUCUGCUCAACCCAGGCUGUGCGGAGCUCCCUGCGGGAUCACAGCGCUCCCCCGCCGGGACCCUACUCUCACAUCCUCCUGCUGGGACUCGGCUACAUUUCCAGCCAAGCCUGGCUUUAUUAUGUGUGUCUGCACUGCAGCCGCGCCAGCAGUCGGAUCGGGAGGCGGAGGGAAGACCAGAGUCAGGACAAAGAAAAAGGGAGAGAGAGGCUAGCGACCGCAAACAUUUCUGUUUUUGAGGAAUUUAAAAUAAAGCGGAGAAAAAAAUCCUAAAUACAAUCCCCGCGGGUGAGAAUGCUGGCUGAGACGGCGAUGUCCGUAUCGCAGCCUGUAAAAUAACGGAGGUGCGAGAUGGCUCGAUGCAAGUAGGACCAGGGCAAAAAUAUAUAUCGCAGUAUUUACUAUAACUGCACCAAGAGCACGGCGGAGCAGGCACAACGGGCGACGGCAGGAGGAGAGAGAGGAAAAGCAACGCCAAGCUCCUUUAAUCAAAAUUAUAUAAUUGCUCAAUUAAGGUAAUCAGAUCACCGAGACGCGCUGGCACCUUUUCCCACGGACAAUCAGGUGUUACGGUACCGCUGCAAAAUUCUGGCCCCCGCGACGCAACUUGCAAGUCGGACUGCGCGCACCGGUUUGAAGCCGCUGCACCGUAAGCGAGAUCUUUCUGCGCCGAACAAAAGGACCGCCGGGCAGCCGGCUAAGCGAUCGCCAAGUUAUCCGGCCAGAUCUACAGGUUGAGCCGAAGAAGUUGCACUUAGAGAGGAAAGGGGGAGCAGAUCCAGGAAUAAAGCUUUCUGUCUUUGUUUUAAACUGGCUUCCGCUUUAUUUCCAGUGCUGCCACACUCCUCCAGCUACUAGAGACUGAAGUUGCCGCAUUGCAACAGGCAAAGAAGUGGAGGGGGGAAAAGAUCAAGUCAAUCAGCCCCUCUAUAUGUUUGUAUACUGGUAAAGGCAAUAGAUCGGCGAAGAGGAAAAAAGAUACCGCAUUAAGACGGAGAUGUCUAGGAGAAAACAGGCCAAACCGCGCUCCGUUAAAGCUGUAGAGGAAGGCGAGUCGUCGGAGUUUGCCGGAACCUGGGAAUCCUCCUCUGCGCACACAGAUGUUCCUGGGCCGGAUGGCGACGCUGACCCAAAGGAGUGUCGGGGGGGUCUGGAAGAUGGCGAGCAGAGCGUCACCAGCCAGGAUGAGCGAAUGGCCGACGACGAUCUGGACGACGAGCCCAUCUUCACGUGUGACAACUGCCAGCGUGACUUUGAGUGCCUGGCCGAGCUGACGGAGCACCGCACCAACCAUUGCCCCCGCCGGUAA